AUGGAGACGGUCAUUCGCCAACCUGGCGGGAGGGACGCGCCAUGUUUGUUGACCCCGCACCUGUCAAGCAGGAAUGAAGACCCGGAAGGAAACAUUGGCGUACCUAUGGCCAAUAUGGGCGCAUGCAUGCCCACGAGCUUCACGACAGCCGGUAGCCUGUCGCUCAUUUGUGUGGGAGUGCAAGCUGGGUCCGACGUGUAUUGCCGCACGCUCUUGACGAGAUCGCGCGAUGUUUCGUGGGUAGGCAUUGCUGAGAGCUCUAGGAGACGGCCCGAGGUUGGCGACACGCAUGCGAAGCAGGCCACUGGUACACCGGCAAGCCACCUCGGUAUGGAUGUGGGGGUGUGA